CCCUCCUCUCUCUGUUUUGUAAGUCUUCCUCCGCGGCCGGCGCGUCAGUGUCAGUCAGGUCACGUGACAGUGGCGUUCGGAGUCGGUUAUAUGGUUGUUUAUCUUUUUGGAAGAGCUAGUCCCCGGUGAGCGGAGGAUCCUGUGUGCUGGAGCCCGGGGCUGAGGCCUGCCCCCUUAAAUACACAGAUUGGUUGGCAAAGGGCCCGGUGUAGUGAGCCGAACCCCGGUAUAUUCAACUGAAGGGGAGACCCCGGGGGGGAGCUGCGAACAUGUCCUCUCCCAGCCCGGGCAAACGGCGGAUGGACACUGACGUGGUCAAGCUCAUCGAGAGUAAACAUGAAGUCACAAUCCUAGGAGGACUCAAUGAAUUUAUAGUGAAAUUUUAUGGACCACAAGGAACACCAUAUGAAGGGGGCGUAUGGAAAGUUAGAGUGGACCUUCCUGACAAAUAUCCCUUCAAAUCUCCUUCUAUAGGAUUCAUGAACAAAAUUUUCCAUCCAAAUAUUGACGAAGCGUCAGGGACAGUGUGUCUAGAUGUCAUCAAUCAGACCUGGACAGCUCUGUACGAUCUCACCAAUAUAUUUGAGUCCUUUUUGCCCCAGUUGCUGGCCUAUCCUAACCCAAUAGACCCACUUAAUGGUGAUGCUGCAGCUAUGUAUCUCCAUCGACCAGAAGAAUAUAAGCAGAAAAUUAAAGAAUACAUCCAAAAAUAUGCAACAGAAGAGGCGCUGAAAGAACAGGAGGAACGCACAGGGGACAGCUCAUCUGAAAGCUCUAUGUCGGACUUCUCUGAAGACGAAGCCCAGGAUAUGGAGUUGUAGUAGAAGCAAUCUGCUUUUCGGAAGUGAAAAACACAAAAGACUUAUUUCCUAACCAUGAAAAGCAGACUAUAAUAUUCAUAUUUAAACAAAGCAAUUUUUUUUAUUACUAAAACAAGGUUUUUAUGAAUAAUAGCAUUGAUAUAUCACCCUCUUUAGGUCUUGAUUUUCCUGGUCAUUUCUCAACCCAAUGUGCAUAGCGUAUCCCCACAUUCCAUUUUGGUAGCUGUGUGCAUGAGUUCAGCAGUCCAACGUUGUGUGCUACUUGAACUCUGUCUAAGGAAAAAAAAUAUAUGUUGGAAAAAAAAAGCAAAAAAGAAACAAAACUCACAAAAAGCAACAAAUAACAAUUCUGGCUGCUGUGAUACAUAGUAUUCAAGUAGUGUUGUCAUUUUUAUCAGCGCCCUAACGAGCAGAGCACACCUGGGACUGGGACAUUGCAUCUUCCAGAAAUAUAUGGUGAACUUUGGGGCAUAUUGUAUUUAAAGAAAAAAAAAAAAGAAAAAAAUAUGAAAAAAGCCUUUAGAGUAUCAAUACAAACGUCAAAGGAUUGUGUGCUUAGUGGGUCACCCUUUGCUAUAAAUUUUUUUUUUUUUUUAAAAAAAGCCUGCGUAUUAGUUUUGAAACACAUUAAAGAAGCUUGUACGAGCAGGAGUUCAUACACCUCAGAUUUUAAGUACAUAAACAUUUUUUUUUUUAAUUGUGGAUUCCUUUUCUCAUCUACUUGUUUAGGACAAGACGGGACAGGGAAUGUUUAAACCACUAGUUUAUUGUUGUAUCUUGUUGGUCUUCAGCUUGAUGGAUUUUGUUCCUUGUUUGAAGGCCUAGGAUUGAGCUGAGCUGGUGGUUGUGAUCCUUUUUUUCUUUUUCACCUUUUUAGAAUGAGGCUGGUGAAUUGUAUGACUUAAUUUACUUUCAAAUAUAGAGACUGCUACAAUUGUGCGUCUGGUUAUUCAAGGUUCUUUCAGAGUGUGUGUGGUUUCUACUAUGUUCUCAUUGUCACUUAAAGUGUUUAAGUACAGACCAGGAUUACAACAACCUCAAAUUAUUGUGUAACACUGUAUCAUAUUAGUGCUCUCAACUCCUUCAGGCAUGUGAAGCUACGAAAAUGCAUUUUGUUACACAUAGGCAGUUUCUCCUUUUCACUAUACCAUAUGUGCUUUGUUUCGGAUCAUGUCACAGCAUCUGAUUCUGCAGAAUAAAGAGAAGGGGAUCCAGAAAAUAAAACCCAUACAUGCAA